AAAAACAAUCAAUAACGAUAUGCAAAUGCAAGUCAAUGAUUUCUUUCUUUCUGCCAAGUUUGAAUCUUCAACCAGAGAGCAAUAUUGCAGGCAAGACUAAGAAUAUUUGCCCUUGGAAAAAUGAAGCGGUGGAAGAGGAGAUCGCGGACGAAAAAGCAGAAGCAGUUGUUCUUGGAAACAGGAAGAACCUUUCUUGAAGAACUCGUCGCUGACUGUAACGGUAAAUCGAAUCCUAUCCGCAUGUUUUCUUCGGAUCAAAUCCUCACAGCCACCAAUAACUUCGAUUCCAGUUGCUCUGUUUCCCUCGACGGGCACUUCGCCUGGUACAGAGGUGUCAUAGACGAUAGAGUUUACGCGAUCAAGAAAUACCAUUCAAUUCACAAUUUUGGGGGGAGCCAUGCGAAAAGGGCUUACAACGAUAUCGUGGUAGCUAUUCGGGUGAGCAGUCACAGCAAUUUUCUCAAGGUGUUGGGAUGCUGCCUUGAGUUCCCUCUCCCGGUUCUUGUUCAUGAAUACCCCGACAAUGGAGCUCUCAACAAUAAGAACGGAGCUAAUGGUGGAGAGGACGGACCUUUAUUGCCCUGGAAGCUGAGAGUUAAGAUCGCAAAAGAGAUCGCUUAUGCUGUAACAUAUCUCCACAAGGCGUUUCCGAGAAUCAUUAUUCACAGAGACAUAAAGCCGUCCAAGAUAUUCUUGGACAAGGACUGGACAGCCAAGCUGACCGGUUUCUCCGUUUCCAUAUCACUGCCGGAGGGCAAAUCCCGAGUCGAAGAUGUUCUCGUUGGAACAUACGCGUAUAUAGAUCCGAGAUAUAUGGAAACUGGGGUUGUGGCAGAAUCCUCGGAUGUGUUCAACUUUGGAAGGUUUUUGAUGGUUCUUCUGGCAGGCACACCGGCUUUUUCCAUUCAUGAACAUCCACGUAUGGUUCAUGAUUAUGUGAAAUCCAUACCUGAGAGUGGAGCGUACACUGCUGAAACCAUGAAUCAGAUGAUGGCGAAAGACAUGACGGAUCAUCAAAGAUCGCAGAUGGAAGCGCUUCGUAAGUUGGCACUGAGAUGCUGUGAGGAUGCGGAAGAUGACAGACCGACGAUGGUGCAAGUGGCAAAGGAACUUAAGCAGAUAGAGACAUCUCUUCAUGCUCCCUGUCCGAUUCAAACUCUUCAAAAUAUUUAACGUAUGUUAUAAUUCAAAUCUGAGCAAGUAUUUGAUUAUGGAUGGAUGUAUUUUACGACAACAUCAGUUGUUCCGAUCUAAAAUCGUCAAAGUUUUUUUUUUCAACAUAUAUUGGAGAGAUGAAUUAAUUUUCUUGUCAA